UAGGUGAAGUGUGUUAGAAAUGGCGCCAAAAAAUUUAGAUUACUUGGAACUCGCUAGUCAGAGAGCCCGUGAAAAGAAAACGCAUGUGAGCUUCCCUCAACUGAAGUAUCCUUCGCUUAGAGAUGAGGGUUUAAAGGAUCCAGUGCAAUGGCUGAUCGGGAAGGCCAUGGAUGAUGGAGCAGAAGGCUUGUGGAGAAUCCACGAUUCUCUUUACAACUUUGACACUUUCAUCGAUAGCCAUCCUGGUGGUUCGGAAUGGCUCCAGCUCACAAAGGGAACAGACAUAACAGAGGCGUUUGAGGCGCACCAUGUAAAACUUAUUGCCGAAAAGAUGUUAGAGAAAUACUUUGUAAAGAACGUGACUACGCCAAGGAACUCUCCAUACACUUUCAAAGAAGAUGGUUUCUACCGUACACUCAAAAGAGCAGUAAGGGAAGAACUGAAAAAAGUUCCCAAAAAUAUUCCUCAACAUGCAAACAGGAUUAUCGACGGAUUGUUCGUGACUUGUUUGAUAACAGCCGCACUGACCUGUUGGGCGAAAAAUUAUUGGAUUGUGAUGAUCUCCUAUCUGAUCUCUUCCUUGACACUUGCAUGGUGUACUGUUGCUUCACAUAACUAUAUACACAAAAAAAGCAAUUGGAGGAUGUAUCUUUUCAAUUUGUCUUUGUGGUCCUACAGUGAUUUCAGGAUAUCACAUGUUUUGUCACAUCACCUAUAUACGAACACUCUAAUGGAUUUAGAGAUAAGUGCAUUCGAACCAAUCGUACAAUGGAAUCCAAGACCAGAUAAAUCGUUUAUAACGUACUUCAGUCCCCUUUUUCAAUGUAUAUUCUUUCCUUUGAACUUCAUUAUGCAUUUCGUGCAAAGGUUAGGUCUUAACUUUGUACAUGAAGAUUUCUUCAGAAAGCAUUAUCGCUGGCAUGACGCCAUCGGGUUGCUUCUUCCUAUCUGGAUGUGGAUCGUCAGUGGAUGCACUUUUAGUGAAGCCAUCGUCAACUGGCUAUGGAUCAACUGUACUGGCAGUUUUAUUUUUGCGAUGAUUGGCACUAAUGCUGCACACCAUCACCCGAAAAUAUUCAAAGAUGGUGACGAAGUGAGGACAAUCACUCCAGACUGGGGUAUGCAGCAACUAGAAGCUGUAAUGGACCGCAACGAUAUCAACGGGAGUCUAUUCAAAGUUUUGUGCUUCUUUGGUGAUCACAGUCUCCAUCAUCUUUUCCCGACUCUGGAUCACGCCGUGUUGCCAUAUUUGUACCCUGUGUUUUUAGAGCACUGCGAAAAGUACAAAGCAAAUUUUAGACUGACGUCACAAUUUGACCUUUUCAUAGGGCAACUCAAGAUGACAAUUGAUAAAAAUUUUAAGCUUUUAGAGGACUAAGAACUGCCAUACAUAACUAUAAAGCAUUUUUUUAAGAAUUACAUUAUACUUUAAUAUUUUUAAUCACUUUUGCAUACUCUUUUACUAUGUUUUUUUUAAUUAUAGUCAUAUUACCUACUUGUUUUUGUACAUUAUAAUAUAAAUGAUGUAUUCAUUUUUAUCAUUAAAGGUCAAAUAUAAGCCGUGAUAAGCUAAUUUAACUGUGAACGUAAAUUCAAAUCAGAACUACAAAACUGUGUUAAUUACAAAGCUAUGUUGCCUAGUCAAUUAUGUCUGUCAAAGGACUAAUUAUUGCAUGAAGCCAAAUAAUAACAUUAAGAUAUUCACAGUAUGAACGAACAUAAUAUGAACAUCUAAAUUACAUUAAAUAUAGAUGUAAAUUUUGGUCGCGAAAGAAAUUCAUCAAGGAUUUUAAUUCAUUUGAAAAGCGAUUACGUGAUGACAAAACUAAUGUCCAGAAUGUUUUAGUCGAGUUUUUGUACAUUUAAUAAAAUUACUUAAAUAUACAUACAAGAAAAUAAAGUAGUGGUACAUAAACUGGAGACUUUUGAAAGCACAAUUUAACAAUAAACUGUGUGUAUUAUCAAAAUGAUUUUAAAUCACCGCGAAUUUCAGUUUGAGGGUAGCGCUUAUACCGGUUUUUAGAUAUGUUCUACUGAAUAUAUAUAUAGCUAUGUUCUAAUGAAGAAAGUGCAUUUGCGUAGCAUGUAAUCACAAAGUAGCUCUAAGUUUUAUUUGAAACGACCAAAUGCAAAUGAAUUAUGUAAGUACUAUUCAAUAUCUACAGUCUACUCCAUUGCACCUCUAAAAAUAUUGUCAUUCAUAGAAAAUCUAAUUGUCUAGAAAACAAAACUUUUUGGGCAAAACAUUGUCUUACAUUUUAGCCCUUUUCCUUGAGCCUUUUCCGAAUCGCAUAAAUAUCUUUUAUUUCCGUACUCAAACAUGUUUUUUAUAUAAACUGACUGCCUUCUAAAAUAAAAUAAUUUACUAGAUAUGUUUGUUUACUGAAGGAAGUCAUAGUUCCUAUUAUAUUAUUCUGGAUUCACUUCCCUUCUUCAAGACGCCAACAUUAACAUUAAUGGAGUAUCAAACAUUAAAGCCCACUCGAAAUGACAAAAAGGAACUCAAAAUACACUUUUUUCUAAGUAACCGUGAUGACGUUAACCUUUAUUCAAUUUACUUUUUUAUAUAAAAU